CUCUUCCACAGAUACUUUUUAUCACCCACCUGUCUGUGACUGUGAGCCAGAGAUAAGAUAAGCUGCCACCUACCUCUCAACGCAAGAUGUCUGCUAUACCCGAGGAGAAGAAAGUCCUGUACCCUUUCCUGGGUCGCUCUGGUAUCCGGGUGUCCAACCUGUGUUUGGGAACGAUGACUUUUGGAGAACAUCAGAUGUAUGACAAUUUAGAAUUUCGCUCUCUCCAGCAACAAUACAACCUGGCGUGCAGGGAGUCCGAGUUGGAAGCUUUCCAAGUGUGUAAGGCCGAGGGAAUGGCGGUGAUGCCUUGGAGUCCGCUCAAAGGACACUUCAGUCGCAGCGUGCCCCAAAUAGCUCUCCGCUGGCUCCUGCAGAAAGACGUGGUGACGUCAGUGAUCAUCGGGGCUCGGACUCUGCAACAGCUGGAUGACAACAUGGCCGCUGCCAACGGAUGGUCCUUGUCUAAAGAGGAGGUUGGCUCCGAGCAUCUUCAGGGUUUAGGUUAA